GCCCACUCAGCAGAAGCGACCCUCAGUGUGAGGGCUGAUGGAGGGCUUCUCUGUCAUUAGUUCCUGAGAAAACAACCGCCCAAAAUCUUUAUUAAAAACGCAACAGCCAGCCAGACACCCACUUCCCUGAACCGUACACUCAGCUCACGGUGUUUUGGUGACCAGCAGGUUGUAUUGCAGAAAAUGUUCUUGGUCAAACGGCUUUUCCGUCCGAGCGCUGAUGACGCUGCGCCUCUCACUGCAGCCGGACACAUUUCUCAACCAAAAACCCCCUAAAAACCCGCUUUCUCGCUAACUUCGCAUUAUAAGAGUUCGAAACAAACACUUCAGAUUUACAAACAGCAAAACCAGACGCUUACCCGACUUCCAGAAAGCGGUUUAAAAGGCGCUUGACUGUUUCUCAGUUGAAUGAAAGCAGCUGGAAGAGUGAAUUUGGAGCUGAAACCUGUAAGUUAGCUGUGCUAAUGUGUUGACCAGGCCGCCUCCUGGGCCAGAGCUGGAAGCUAACAGUAUGACCCAGGAUCAGCUCCUCUCUGCUCUGAAGAAGGAUGUUCGCUCACUGCUCAUUUCAGCCAAGCAUGGCCUUGCUCCAGAGAAGCUCAGGAAGGACUACCAGAACAUGCUGGGACACCCAAUGCCCCUCAAGGUUCUGGGCUUCCGCAGUGUUUUGGACAUGGCCAAAGAAAUGCCUGAUGUUGUGCGUUUGGACUAUGCUCUCGACGGCAGCAUAGUGUUGAAAGCAAUUGGAGAUGAGACCACAAAAGGCAUUGAAGAGCUUGUCUCCAAACAGCGUGACCACAGGCCUAAAUCCUCCACUAAAAGAAGCUCAGUGGGCAUUUUCCCAUCCCGUUUCCCACAGCACCAGCACCCGUUCAUCCUCCCUCGCCGUGGCCGUACCCCCCCUGCCCUGCCCGCUCAGCUGCGCACCCAGCUUCGGCAGCUGCUGUCCCAUGGCCCCGUAGGGUUAUCUGAGCUGGAGACACGGUACGCAGGCCGCUUCGGCAGGCCUCUCCAGGUCAUGCAUUAUGGCUUCUUCUCCAUUGCUGAGAUGCUGGCUGCUGCCUCGGAUUUAAUCACAGUGAGGCAGACUCGGAUGGGGUCGCAGCUGAUCCUGAAGGCUGCCCUCACUCCCGUCAAGCAGAUGCCCACUCUUGCUGCGGCUUUCUCAAAGAAGCCUGCAAUGAUAUCAAGCUCCCCUACAAGACCACCAGCUUUUCAAGAACAAGCAGUGCUCAGCAAUGUAAAGACUGAACUGCAGGACAACCUUAAUGUGGCUGCAGCUGUCAAAGUGCAGGAAGCUAAACCAGCCGGCAUUAUUCCAGAGCCCCUGCAGGAUCAGCAGUCGUUUGAAAAGUCUGUUGCAAAGCUUGAGGAACAGUUCAAGCAGAGGAUUCUUGAAAAUGGGGAUGCAGGUACAGUCAGCCAAGAGCUGAAAGAUAAGCUUCGAAAGGUUGUGGCAGGACACAGUCAGGGAAUGUCCAUCCACAACCUUCCUUUAGAAUACAAGAAAAUGUAUGAUGAGGACCUGCCUGUGGCCCAGUGUGGCUUUCUGAACGUGACUGAAAUGGUUGGAGCCCUCAGUGACACGUUCUACCUACAGCCAGGACGAGAGGAGGGAGCAAAGCACUUACUCAUCAUGGAGCUCAAACAUGAUGAUGCGCAACCAGCCUUGUCACAAAGUGACGAAUGUCUGUCAUCACUGAAUCCUUCCAAUGAGGGCUACUACUUCAGCUGCAGCAAGUCAGCCUGGGAGCAGGAGGACGAGGGAGGCGAGACCACCGAAUCUUCAGAAUCUGAUACUGAGAUCAGGAUCAUCAACAAGACCAUCCAUCAGAUGGUGGACAUAUUUCCAGUGACAAUGCUGAGCUGUGGCUCAGGGGUUCCUCUGGAUGCAUUGCAGUGCCAGAAGCUGAAGCCUCCUACUCGCAGGAAAGACAGGGAGCUGGUGCCCGUCCUGGUGGAGAGGACGGAGUCACCCAGCCUCUUCUAUGUCCGUAUUGACGAGAACCAGGAGGCCAGGCCCCUGGAGAAUAUGAUGAUUGAAAUGAGGAGCUGUUACACCUGCCCAGAGGUAACUGAGCGGUACCGGCUCCCAGAUGUGUAUGUUCGGCCUGGCCAGGUGUGCUGUGUGGCUCCCAGAGACAUGUGGUUCUACCGUGUGGUCAUCCACCAGGUUCUCAGUACCACUGAGGUGGAGGUAUACUAUGUGGACUUUGGAGACCUCACUACCGUCAGUAGAAACAGCCUCCGGUUUCUCAAGUCAUGCUAUGCUGAGCUUCCAGCACAAGCUGUUCCAUCUGUACUUGCUGGAGUAAAGCCAAUAAAGGGCACUUGGACUAAGGAUGCCACCAAUACUUUCCAGAAGCUGUGCUGUGAGCACACCCUAGUGGCUGCAGUCCACAGCUACGUGGAGGACUUCCUACUGCUCUUCCUGUGCGACACCCACACUGAAGAGGACAUCUACAUACACAGGGCACUUCAGGCUGAGGGCCAUGCUAUAGCCUGCUCUCCUGCUAGCACACCGGUGUUAGCACAGUUCAACCCCAUAACCCUUUACCUCGGAGAUGGCCAGCUGGAGGAAAUAAAAGAACAUUUCACUCCCUCCCUGGGCAACACAAAUGGACAAAACAUAAAUGAUCGGCCUCAGCAAGCUCCUUCCACUGUUUUGACAGAUGGUGUAGAGAAUCAGCAGCCCGGCAAAGAUACAGAGGAUCUUCCGGAACUUCCUGAGCUGGAAUUCAUUAAUGUGGCUCAGGGUGAAAAGGCAAACCCAUUUGGAGCAUUGCUGACUAAAGACCCAGCCUGCUUUAAUAACUGGGACCCAGGGUGGACUGACAAAAGCAGUACAGAUGAUGAGUCCAAACUGGUUCUGAGCUGCCAAGAGGACACUGCCAAUACUGUGUUGCUCUCGUCUGCUCCAUCUGUCAAACUGACCUCGGAACCACAGCCAUCUUGUGGGGACACUACUCAAGCCCAGCCAACUGCUUCUACCCUGCGGACCCUCAGCUUCCACACUCCAGGCCUGAUCCACAGCUGCAGAGGCCACAUGGACAUGUCUGCUGAAAUAUUCCACUCACCACUCUCCAGCCUUAUAUACCCGGCAUUUAACACUGGAAGUCUGGAUCCUGAUGCCCUCUUCCUUCGCCACGCCAGCCCUCUAGCUCUGUGCCCAGCUGCCCGCAUGGCAGCCGGAUCCAGCCUCCUCCACUGGUACCCGCACAAACGGGCCUGAACAAACCCCUUCCUCAACUCACAUACACACAUAAUGGCCUGAACCAGCAUUAGAAACUACCGUAAUGAAUGCAGAAUUAAUGCUGAGAGCUUCAUUUUCAGUGUUUUGUAUUACAUUGAAUAUAGUUUUACAUGUUACAUUUUUAUAUGUUAACAUUUAAAAAACGACCCACGUGAGAUGUAGUAAGCAAAUUAUGAAACAAUAUCUAAAGGGAAACAUAAUAUUGUUUGGGGCUAACUAAAUUAUUUUUAACUAAUGAUGGCCCUCAAAAUACAUUGUUUGGUUUAUUUUUCUUGUUGUCUUUUGUAUGUUAUUAUUACUGUUUUAUCAGUGAAAAUUCUACCUUGAGGGUCUUCUGUGUUCUGUCAUAAGCCUAAAUAUUCAUACCCUUUUUUAUACAUUUUUCUGUCUCCAGUAAAGUUGCUUGUUCAUUGUUUUGCAUCUUUAUCAAUAUGAUUGUUCCUGGAGUAUAUUAAAAAAAGGCAAUGUA